UGGAUUUAUUUAAAAACCGGUCGCGAUUUUAAACGUUUCGAAGGAAUCGCCCGGAGCCCACUAUACAAUCAUAUGACAACAACACUGAGCGGACUGACCACUAUUCGUGCCUUUCGUGCGGAACAAAUGUUUCGGGAACAGUACUAUCGAUACCAGAAUGACCACACGUCAGCUUAUUUUAUGUGUAUAUCCGCGUCACGGUGUUUAAGCAUAACAAUGGACUGGUUAUGUGCCGCUUAUCUGGCGUGUAUUGAACUAUUUUUGAUGGCAUUUUACAAGGAUCUUCCCAGUGGUAGUGCAGGUCUGGCCAUAUCUAUGUCGUUGGGUUUAAUGGGAAUGACUCAGUGGGGUGUCAGACAAUCGGCCGAAAUGGAGAAUCAGAUGACAUCAGUCGAGAGAAUUGUUGAAUACUCUAAACUAGAAUCCGAAGGACAGAUCGAGAGUGAGAUACCACCGCCUGAUGAGUGGCCAGAAAAUGGAUCCAUUGAACUCAGACACGUAUACUUGUCUUAUGAUAAUUCACCGAAACCUACACUACAUGAUCUCAAUUGUGUGAUCAAUGGUGCCGAAAAAGUCGGUAUAGUUGGCAGAACCGGUGCCGGCAAGUCAUCUAUAUUAUCGGCACUGUUCCGUAUGCAAGAAAUUGAAGGCAAUAUUAUUAUUGAUGGCAUCGAUCACAAGACUAUAGGUCUACACGAUUUGCGUAGACAUAUGUCAAUCAUACCUCAGGAUCCCAUUGCUUUCAUCGGCAGUUUGCGAAAGAAUUUGGAUCCAUUUGAUGAACAUUCUGAAGAUAGACUGUGGGAAGUACUCGAAGAAGUUCAGCUCAAGGAGGCUGUUAUGGAAAUGUCCGGUCAGUUGGAGUAUCAACUGUCCGAAGGCGGCGGUAAUCUGAGUGUAGGUCAGCGCCAACUCAUAUGUCUGGCCAGAGCUAUACUCCGCCGAAAUCGGAUUCUUGUGUUAGACGAGGCAACAGCUAAUGUCGACCACAAGACGGAUGCACUGAUUCAGCGGACAAUUCGUGAAAACUUUGCCGACUGUACUGUACUAACAAUUGCUCACCGAUUGAAUACAAUCAUAGACUCGGAUCGGGUACUGGUUCUCGAUUCCGGACGUAUUAUGGAGUUUGGCGUUCCCUACGAAUUAUUACAGAAUAAUUCGGGAAUACUUUACAAACUCGUUAAGCAAACCGGUGUCCAAAUGGCCGAUCAAUUGAUACGAUUGGCUAAAGAAUCGUACGAUCGUACGAAACAUAUAAUUGAUUUACAAUAA